GGUGGGUGGGGGGGAUUACAAUGUUUGUUUUUAAACGGCGCAAAGUUCUCGGGGCCAAAGUACGAUUUUACAACGAUUUUACGUUUAUACAGUGACUCAAAAGUGCUUCGCUGAGACGACUGGGAGCCAGAGCUGGUGGGGGGAGGAGCUGAGGAAGGUUAGAUCAAUGGAAAUACCAGAGACUGUGACACACGGAGCUGUCAGGAGUUACUCGCCUGCUGUGAGAGAUACUUGGGAGCUCUGAUAGCCAAGAGGAGCUGAGACGAGAGAAGGAGUGGAGAAAGAUGUUUAAGUAUACUCCGCCAUGGAUGGUCAUGUGUCAAACGAUGGACCAGGGGAAUAAUAAGAAAUUACAGGUUUCUGGGAUCCCGGUAAAGGAAUCUGAAGAGAAGGCAACGGGAAUUGAGCAGCAACGCAGCAGCUCCGAAGAAUCGUUACAGAGCGAGCGGCACUUGGAAGAGGAACUUCCAGGAACAGCAGAAGACGACAAGGCAUCGGGGAAGGGGUGGCACAAGUCAGAUUUUGGGUCUCUAGGGAAGGAGGUGCCCAGAAUCCUGCGGAGACUGAAGAUUGCCAAAAGGAAAAGAAGUUGCCCAAACUUCUGGAGGAUGAUCUUGUGUUCUGUGAAGAAGUACUGAAGGAAGAAACUGUGGCCUCUGAGACCCCAACAUACACCCCAGCGCAAGUGGAUCUGCUGCUCGAAGAGCCUUUGAUACCAAUGGAAAGAAGUAAUGGAAGCUUGUACACCUCGCCUCCCAGGGUGAUGGGGCAGAAGAUUGGCCCCUAUGAUCUCAUUGACUUGAGCCCAUCGUGCAUCAAGUCAGAGAAUCCCAGAAAUGAGUCGUUCGACAAACACAAGGUGACUUUGGUCAACGUUGAUGGGGAUGGACAUCCUGCCCUUGAAAACAGCUUUGUGCUCGAUACGAGUCCGGGCACGCUGAUCGAUCUGAGGCCGUCCGUCUCGGUCAUGCCAAUGUCUCCCAUUAACAGCGGCGACGGUGAAGACGUCAUCAUCCAGGCAAAGAAAGUUGCCGUCGCACCAGAUGAGCAUUUGGGAACUUCGAGAGGUUUUUUCGCCACCAAGGCAGACGGCAGAGAAGUCUGGAUCCCCUCGCCCGACCGAGACUCCAAGCUGGCCACGAUCAGGAAAGAGAACAACCACGACCUGAGGGCUUACGAGCUGGAGAAUAAACCAACGAAGCUCUUCACUGCCGACGAGGAAGAGAAAUACCAGGUUAAAGGUGCUGCCAAAGUUCUGGAGAACGCAGAGUUGCUUGAACUGGAUAGAAGAAAGCUCAUUAAAAGCCAGGUCGUCAAGAGGAACUCGGCCAUGGCGGACAGGUGGGGUUCAGUGGAACAGCUGGACUGGGAGGAAAAGCCAGCGCUCGUCAGGCUCGACGACUUCUUACAGAAGCCGGACCAGGACGUGAGGAGCAGCCCUUUGCCGUUCUCCGCCGAGCCGGCUGCGGCCGAUGCUGAGAGGGUAGACACUGUGCAAAUAAACUUUAACGUAGCUCGCCAGCAGUUCCUCAGGAUGGAAAAGACCCACCAAAGCUCUCCUCCUCAGAGUCCCCGCCUGUUCUCUCCUUCUUAUAGGGCUUCAACCAGUUCCUUCAGAUUCUCUGAGGUGCCCAAGCCGCUUCCCAGCAAAGAGGACCAGAGGCUGGAGACCAGCCCAGGGAGUGUUGUAAAGGCUGUUAAAGUUAAUUAUAAUCCCUCCGAAGUAAGGAAAGAUCUCACUAAAGCCUCUGUGAGUGAUAGGGCGUUCCCUGCGACUAGUCUGGAGAGCAAUCACUCCAGAAAGCUGUCUCACACCCGUCCCAAUCUGACCAUGUCCUCUUCCAUAGAUGAUCUGGAUUCUGGGUUGGGCGAGAUGUCUACUGACUGCGGUUUAGGGUACAGCAGUGAUGGGGGAGCAUCCAAUGAGAUAUUGACCGCUGACGCCGAUGUUUUUGAACCACCGGAGCAGAAGUCUGGGGAAACGCCGAUUGAGAAGGAGAUCCGCUUGAUGAUGGAAAGGGAAGAGAGCCUGCGUAGGGAGCGAGGGAUUAAGUCUGUAAGCAGCGAGGAGAUGGUGGAAAUCAAGAGCAAACCUCUUCUGCGCCAACUCCCGCCCGUGUCCCCGUUCUCCAAGGGUAAAGACAAAAAUCGCAUGGUCUUCUUCGUUCAACGAGAAAUCGAGAAGGAGUCCAAGAGGGAGGAGGACCUGAGGCAAGAGGGGAAGGUGAAGGGGAUGUACGACAAAGGAACCCCGAAAGAGCUGGACGAACGCAAGAAGAUCUUUGAGCAGCAAGUGGAUGACGUGCCAGUGAUGCCACAGAAGAGGCGAUCGAUGUUGGUCAGUUUCGCCUCGCAGGAGUCUCUCGAUAUGGAUUUAAUCCUGGAAGAGAGUCGUGGCUCAGCUAGCGAGAGUGGCCCAGUCCUGGCUAGCUCCACAGCAAACCUCAAAAUGGUCAUAAAAGAAAGCCCAGAGUAUGGGUUGCACAGUACAAGGCCUUCUCAGUCUGAGGCCAGGAAACCAAACGAGGCCAACAAAGCAAACAACGCCUCCAGAGGAAACGACCCCAGAGGAAAUAAGCAAGUGGAGACAAUCUCUCGUGAGGUGGGCAGCGAGUCGCCCGGGGAUCCAUGCGCUGUGCGGCCCCUGAAGCACAGAACUGCGUUUUUAAUCGAUCGGGAAAUCGAGGAAGAACAGCGUAGAGAGGAAGAACUUCAGACACUGAGGCAGAAAUACCAGAGCGCCAAGAACUCCUUCACCAACAACCUUGACCAUCACCCACUUCCUCCAAACCUAUAUGCAUCAAAAAGUGCUUCCGUUUCAUCAGAGUCUCACGUCCCUGAACUCCCAGCCUUGACCAGACAGACCUCACGACCUGGGGCUCCAGACAGCAAGCGAGGCACAUGGGGGGAUGAGGAACGGAGAGGGAAAGUUCAGGAGAAAAAAGAGGAAACUUCGGUGGUCGAGUCUACCAGAGUAGCGCGACGAAAGAACGACAUGGCGUUGCGUUGGGAAGCCGGCCUGUACUCCAACAAUGAAGAGUGAAGCCGCCUCGUGCCUCUUCCUAUUUAAAGCACAGAUAGAUGUAUAUUGGCCUUCGGAAAAGCACUGCCCUUGUGAAUAGAAUUGAACAGUUUCUUGCAGUUUUGUUAACUGAUUAAGAGAUUAUAAUAUAUGCAGUAUAAAUAUAUAUAUAUAUGUGUGUGUGUGCGCGCGUGCGCGAGAGUUUGUACAUCUCUGUUUAUUUACUUCUGACCUGGGAAUGUUUUGGCGCUCCAUAGUCUCUGAAUGCUGCGUAUUACUUUAGGGAGAAUGAUUCUCCCACCCUGCUUCCCCACCCACACACACGGAUGAAGGAAACGAAUGUCAGUUCCUUCGCCCGGGGCUUCUUCCUGUAAAGAUUUCAUGAGAGAUUUCUGGUGGUAAAUUGAAGUGCGUUGUUAUUGCCGGGAUUAAAAAAAAAGCCUACCUUUUUUGGCGAGCUUUUAUUUCGAAGCGAAUGUUUUGAAUCUCGUUCUGAAUUAUCUUGAAUUGGCUUUUUUUUCUCUUUUUUUUUCUCUCUCUCUCGAGUAAGCGAUCUCUUGCUUGUGUGCCAUGAUGCAUUAUAUUUAAUAAUCAAUGAAUAAAUAAAGUGGUGUCUGGCAUUUGAUGGAA